GUACAAUGCAUUAGGAAAAACGUGAGAGACUUGCCAGGAAUAAGGUGAGCAAUUAUGGUGCAAACGGAUAAAAGAUGACUUAGAACUGAAAGGGCGGGGACUACUGCUGCUAUCCAAACACAUUGUUGAUGGGCGGUAACAGUCACAGAACCAGGUUUCCUUGUUUCUUUAAUAUGGCGAAAGAGUAUGAUUAUCUACUGAAAGUCCUUUUGGUAGGUGAUAGUGAUGUUGGUAAGCAGGAAAUAUUAUCCGGAUUAGACGAUGGCUCAACAGAAAGCCCGUUUUGCAGUGGUAGUGGAACGGCACACAAAACCACGACAAUUCUACUGGAUGGUAAACGCGUGAAACUUCAAAUCUGGGAUACGUCCGGUCAAGGACGAUUUUGUACGAUAAUUCGUUCUUAUUCGCGCGGUGCGCAAGGCAUCAUUCUCGUUUACGAUAUCACCAAUAAGUGGAGCUUUGAUGGAUUGAAUCGAUGGUUGAAAGAGGUCGAGGAGCAUGCACCAGGAGUACCAAAAGUGUUAGUGGGGAACCGACUUCAUUUGGCGUUUAAACGACAGGUUGCCGCAAAGCAAGCAGAGCUGUAUGCUUCGCGGAACAAGAUGGCCUGCUUUGAAAUAUCCCCAUUAUGCGAUUUUAACAUACGGGAAUCGUUUUGUGAACUCGCCCGAAUGGCUUUACACCGCAACGGUAUGGAACGUAUUUGGCGCUCAAACCGAGUAUUAUCACUACAGGAGUUGUGCUGUCGAAGUAUAUGUCGAAGAACUAAUGUAUAUACCAUAGAUAACCUACCUUUACCCCCAUCAGUGAAAUCUUACCUAAGAUCAUAUGCGCUGACUUCAUCUCAGUGUUUAAAUACGGUACUCAACAAUUCUGCAUCCAUAGCUAAAAAUCUCAAAUGCAAAACUGCAACGUCGUAUCAUCUAAAGCAGAACAUUAGAAACGGUUGUAUUAUUUCCUGAUUUUCGUAUGCUACCUAUGCUGUCUGUAUUUAAGGUUGUGCAAUGCUGCAUAUGUUAUUGAUUUUAUGAACGAAUAAUGGAUUUUGUCUAUAAAAUAGCUAUGAAGAUGUUGAUUCGGUAAUCUAACUUUCCCUAUCAUUUGCGUGAACAACCAUGUCUAAACAUCAUUUUAGUGCGUAACGGUGUGAA